AUGGCAGACCAUCCCACACAAUGCGUACUGCAGUCUGAGGAUUAUCUUGAAUGCUUACAUAAUACCAAAGAGUUGGCGAGAGCAAGGCGCAUCAGAGCUGAGAUACUAAAAAAAUCGGGAGUGCGCAAGAAAAAAGAAGCCACAUUGCGUAAGACUAAUCAAUCCGCGUUGGAUAGUAAGGUCAUGCGUUUGGGUAUAAUUACUGACAAGAACGACUGA